GUUCAAACUAGCUGCUUAAGACGCGCCCACUCUUUCUUGCGUUGUGCAGUUUUGCAAGGAGAAGGGAGAGUGGAUCUGCUCUGCGUUUCAUGAGAAGGGAACACUUGUUCUUACUCGAUAAAAGUCAGUUCAAACUCGCUUGGACAUGGUGCUGCCAAGAGUUAUCCGUGCUGUCAUCAUGGGACCCCCGGGGUCGGGGAAAGGAACGGUGUCUGGGCGCAUUACCAAAACUUUUGGACUGAAGCACAUUUCCAGUGGGGACAUUUUGAGAGCCAACAUAAACGCGCAGACCGAGCUGGGGCUGCUAAUGAAGUCCUGUAUUGAUCAGGGUCAGCUGGUACCUGAUGACGUCAUGUCUCGUCUCAUCCUGAAUGACCUGAGGGCAAUAGAUGGCGGCAGCUGGCUGCUCGAUGGUUUUCCUCGUACAGUGUCCCAAGCAGAAGCUCUGGAUGUUGUCUACACCUUGGACACAGUUAUUAACCUCAAUGUACCUUUCCAGACCAUCAAGCAAAGGUUGACUUCACGUUGGACUCACCUUCCGAGUGGCAGAGUAUACAACACAGAUUUCAACCCGCCUAAAGUCCCUGGCUUUGAUGAUGACACAGGGGAGCCUCUUUUCCAGAGGGACGAUGACAAACCAGAGACGGUGACACGGCGAUUGAAGUCUUACGAAACCCAGACGGAGCCCGUCUUAGAAUACUACAGGAGUAAAGGUGUGCUAGAGACCUUCUCUGGGACAGAAACCAAUAAGAUAUGGCCACACGUUGAAGUUUUCCUUCAGAGAAAAUUGUCUUCAAUCAAUCAAAAAGUUGAAUAGAAAGCCUGAGAAGAGUUUAUCGACAGAAACCACUGUGUGCAUUGUCCAGUCAAAAUGCCACUUUUGCAUUAAACAAAGGGAGUAAAAUAUUCUGAAUGUUUUAAAACAGGGAUAACACUCAUCUUACGUGUACAGGAGUACACGGCAGUAAAAUGGCACUUAAUACAAAACAUAAGCUUAUAGUAGUAAUUUUUCCACAAUGUUGACAUUGGUUUUUGAACGUCUCAGGUUGUGUGCAAAAUCUUUUAAACAGUAGUUGUUAGACUUUGCACAGAUUGCCUCUUCACUCCAUAGUGUGCCUUUUUAUGAAGCAAGCAGAAAACUGAGUGACUCCAAUAUUAAGGUUAUUAACAGUAAGUGAAGGCUGCGUUUGCAGAGUAUAACAGCUUGACGUGUGCCGGUGAAUGCAGCCAGUUUUUAAGGAAAGUGUAAAGUCUUUUCUAAUUAUAAUCAUUACUUCCUUUCUUGUUUGAUUCUGAUGAAUAAGAAUGGGCACACACUACAAGACUGACUUGUUGUUUUGUUUUUUAUUUUUUUGUUUUUUUUGGGGGGGGGUUAAACAUGAGAAAUCCCCUAAAAACAAUAUGGUGGGCUCUUUAUGUUUUUGCUUUAGCAUUGCUUUUCCAGAACUGCCUUGCUGGGUGUGUUUUCCAUGCACUAGGCAGCUACCCCAAAGGGAAAUGUGCCACAUUCUACAAAUUACUGUAAAUUCACUUUUGCACUCAAGUGCCUUUUGCUGCUUUUGACAAUAAACGAGGUAGUUAAAUGAAUGUAAAUGAUUUUGAUCGUAGUGGACCAGAUUAAAUGACCAGAUCACAUUUCUUAUGUUAUUUCUUUUUAAUUAAUCAGAAAAAAGCAUUAUUGUGGAACAGCCUCUUUAGCUAGUCUUAAGUGAUGCUCUUAAAUUCUGCCAGCUAUUCCUUGUUGUCAUUGACUGAUAUUAGCCAUUUAAUGUGAAUGUGACAACUAAAAAUAUAUAAUUAUACAGUUUGUACAAGGCUUCUGUGCUGCUUCUGUCUUGUUUGGGAGAUGUUGCAGUACUUAAGUAUCAUCUGCUGUGUUGUUUCUUUUCCCUCUUGUUUUUGCACUCUUUUCUUAAAGUUUCUCCGAUAUUGUUAAAAGCCACAGAAAUGCAAACCUACCUUGAACUGUACUGUACAGAUCGAUGCAGCAAAUGUUUCCUGUGCGUAUUCCGAAACACUUGAAGAUAAUGUUUGAAGGCGUAUCUCCUUUCAUAGGUGACUCACAACUAUGUUUAUAAAUCAUAAUAAAUGUCUUACCUAGA